GUGACAUAUCCAUCUAGAAUCAUUUUAAGUGGUGGAGAUUGUCGUGUCUGAUGAGAUUUCAAUCAAAGUAUUCAACUGGAACUAUAUCUGUAUAUCAGACUUAUAUAUAAUACAUGUAUAGGCCUACUGUUUAUGUAAUAUUGUUCAUGUAUAUUAUGUUACAUUGUACAGAGAUAUCAGCUCUACGCUUACACUUAAUUGGGUGGCACAUUUUAAUGUGAGUUGGCUGUAAUCGACAUGUGUUUCAGCUGUAUUAUACAUGUGUUCCAGCUGUAUUAUACAUGUAUGCCAGCUGUAUUAUACAUGUGUGCCAGCUGUAUUAUACAGGUGUGCCAGCUGUAUUAUACAUGUAUGCCAGCUGUAUUAUACAUGUAUGCCAGCUGUAUUAUACAUGUAUGCCAGCUGUAUUAUACAUGUGUGCCAGCUGUAUCAUACAUAUGUGCCAGUUGUAUUAUACAUGUAUGCCAGCUGUAUUAUACAUGUAUGCCAGCUGUAUUAUACAUGUGUGCCAGCUGUAUUAUACAUGUAUGCCAGCUGUAUUAUACAUGUGUGCCAGCUGUAUUAUACAGGUGUGCCAGCUGUAUUAUACAUGUAUGCCAGCUGUAUUAUACAUGUAUGCCAGCUGUAUUAUACAUGUAUGCCAGCUGUAUUAUACAUGUGUGCCAGCUGUAUCAUACAUAUGUGCCAGUUGUAUUAUACAUGUAUGCCAGCUGUAUUAUACAUGUAUGCCAGCUGUAUUAUACAUGUGUGCCAGCUGUAUUAUACAUGUGUGCCAGCUGUAUCAUACAUAUGUGCCAGUUGUAUUAUACACAUCAAUCAUUAUUUGUAGAAUCAUCUUUCAUAUGCUAUUCGUAUGAUAUGAAAAGUUGACAACACAUGUAUUUAAAACCAGAUUUGAACCUGUAUUAUACAAAAGCUGUAUUAAUCACCAGUGAUAUAGCUUUCUUAAUCACCAACUGUUAAAACACUUCUGGCACAUGAUGUAUUGAACACCUUUGGUACAGUUGUAUUCGACAUCAGCUGUAUUAAUCCCUAGCUGUGUUAUUCAUAUAUCGCACAGCUGUAUAUGAAUAUGUUGAUCAUAUACUCCUACUUGUUGUCAAUCAGCUUCUGCAGUUUAUACACCAAGUCUCUGGAGAUCUUUAGCACUUGCUUGGCAUUAUGUUUCUCAGCCAUUUC